AUGGCUGACGAUACAUUCCCGCAAAUGCAAUCCGAUGUCACCAAUACGCGACCAACGGCCAAACGCCGCAAGAUAGCGCUUGCAUGCAACUACUGCCGCGCUCGCAAGACCCGGUGCGAUGGUCGACAGCCCGCUUGCUCCACGUGUGAAAGCAAAGGUGCCGGAUCAACCUGCGUGUAUGAGCAGGGGACUCUUAAAACCAGGAGAUAUGUCUCGACCUUGGAAGCAAGGGUUCAAGAGUAUGAAAGGAGACGAGUCAUGGAACCGAUUGAUGACGGGGCAGGACAAGACACGAGACAACCGGCCCUGGUUGCUAGAAGCGACAACUCACCAAUUUCCACUAUCCAAGGCGACUUUUCAGCAGGCGAAGGGUCGACGAUCAAGACGCCGUGCCACGAAGCCAUAGAGACUGACGCAAUGGUCAUUGUUCCAUCUUCCGAAGGAGAUAUUGCCAACCUUGUUGGCGAGUCAUCUCCAAUGGCAUUCGUUCGAUCCAUGUUGCGAACAAUCGGCAAGAAUGACUCGCCCUUGCGUGCGACCAAUACAAAACCCAACGACCGCUCUCACCAUGAGAGAUCCUAUCUCAGCCCCCAAUCACAGGAUGGCGAUCUGGAUCCUGUGUCACUGCCGACACGAAGAGUAGCCGACGGCUUGGUCAAGGCUUUCUGGGAAUAUUUGCAUCCUCUCCUACCUAUUCUCCACAAACCUACCUUUAUGAGGUCCUACCGCUUGCAAUGGAUGGGUGACGACGAAGCAUUUUCAAGCCACUCAUCAGAAAGUCAAGACGAUCCUCCGUUCCUCUCGACGUUGAACAUUGUUUUCGCCAUCAGUUGCCAGUUCAGUGACCAGAUCACAACCACUCGGAAGCGUGUCUUUGCGGAUACAUUCUACCGGCGAUCACGGAGGUUAUUUGCCGACGAAUUUCUAGACUAUCCGACACUUGCAACCGUGCAGCUUCUCUUGCUCACAGGUGUAUAUCUCCAAUCCACCGUGCACGCGAACCGAUGCUGGAAUGUUGUAGGGUCGGCCAUCAGAACUGCACAGAGCUUAGGUCUUCACCUUGACCGUACGGCUGGAGCCAAGAACCAGUUGCAGAGAGAAAUGGAACGCAGAGUCUGGCACACAUGUGUCUUCUUUGACCGUCAACUCGCCGUAACUUUUGGCCGGCCCACAAUGAUCUACGGCUGUUCAAAGGUUCCUCUGCCUCUGCAGAUCGACGAUGAAUACUUGCUAGAGGACGGCGAGGGUUCUCAGCCGCAUCAACCUGCACAAAUGUCCAGCUUCGUCUACUCGAGCAAGCUCUUCGACAUUCUGAACGAAAUUCUCACCUCCUUUUACUUUGACAAAAGUAACGAGCCUCAACCACCCAACACUCCAUCUGCAUCUUAUCGAGAACUGAGCACCGUCAUGAGGCUGAACAGUGCCUUGGAUGAUUUUCAGGACACACUCCCUAGCUACCUGGUCAUCAGUCCUGACUCAGCGAAUCCCAUCACCCCCGUUCAAGACAAGAUUGCUCUUGGGGCAAAGAUUCUGUAUUCUAGGUUCCUGUAUAUCCGUAUCUUUCUGUUGCGGCCGAUUCUAUUGCUGGUAGCGGAAGUCUCGACAAACCCUCCCGGCGAAAAGAAGCCAUACAAGAAUGAGAGCCUUGAACAACAGCUAGCCCUCAAAGCUUGCUCAUUAUGUGUCUCCACGGUACAAACGUUAAUCGCUCACAUUUACAAGAACAUGGACAAUGCCUUUUCCUGCGCUAUAGUACUCGUAGCGGCACGUCUUUGUCCAGCCCCCGAGUUGAAUUUCGAAACGGCUUCGCUCCAGACUUCUUGGUCUCAGUGCAUCAAGAUAUUCGAGCAAUACGUGCCACACUUCCCAUGCGCAUCCCACGUAAUACGAAUCCUCGAGAUGCUAGAACAAAGGAUGCACCACCUCACAGCAGAAGGAGAUACUGCUAUGCAAGGGCCUCGAAAUCCCAUGGCAUCGGUAGACGAGCCUAUCUGGCCAAGUUGGGCCAUGCUGGACGAUCUUCUUCAGUGUGAACCUAUGGGCCAAACUUUUGCCGGCGACAAGUGGCCAGAGGAGAUGCUGUCGACCUUUGGCUGGACAGAACCAUUUUGA